AUGAUUCCACCGCCACCAGAGCCGCCAAGCGUUCGCACACCCGCAGUAUCAAAGUACGAAGGCGUAAUCCCCCAGCAUGACUACCGUUGGGGCGCUCAAAUCUUCGUGGAUCACCAACGCAUAUAUCUCGGAACCUUAAACACUGAAGUAGCCGCCGCCCGAGCUCACGACAGCGCGUCCUUAAAAUUCUACGGCCGUUACUUCAACCGUAACUUCCUGCUAACAGAGCUUACCAUUUACGAACCCCAUUUUCAGAGCCACUUCAGCCGCGAAGUCAUUCUGGAUAUGAUUCGGGACGGCUCCUACGAACCCAAGUUCGUCGAAUUCGUUCGCACGUUUUACCCUAAAUUUAACGACAGUGGCUCAAUAGCAUUGCCUGAUGCCUCCGAUUCAUUCAAUGGAGUCAUUGUUAAGGAAAUGUUUCGUUUACAGUUGACUUCAGCUGAUGUUGAGAGACCCGGAAUACUGACUUUGCCGGAGCAGCACGCCAUGCAGCACUUUCCGCCUUUGAUGUCCACGGACCCCGUAUUACUACAUUUUUUUGAUAGGAUGCAGCGUCUUUGGGAGUUUCAGUACUGGUAUUCGGCUAGUAUUCAGAGCUUCGUAUUUGCCGGGGGUUGGGAUAGUUUUUUGGUUGGGAUGGAGCUUGAUGUUAAUGAUGUCGUCGUUUACUAUCGAUGCAAGGAGUCGAGAAAUUUUCCUCCAUUGUCUGCUGAUGUGAUUGAUGCCGUUCGUGGCGUUAGAUUCAGAUGCGAUGUUAUGGACAUUGAUGUGGAGGAAAGCACGUCAAGAGUUUCACAGUAA